AUGAGGACAACUCUCUGGACUCUGAGUUUGGGGCCUUGUCUCAUGCUCCAGGCAGCUCUUAGUGGCAUGACCUCUGAAGGUGGCCAAGAUGAUCUGAGGCUGGCACACAGACACAGCCCGUGUGAGGGAGUGGUGCUGGUCCGACACCAAGGGGAAUGGGGUCACCUGUGCAACCAGGAAUGGACUCUGGCAGAGGCCUCUGUGGUGUGUAGGCAGCUGGGCUGCGGUCCUGUGGGUGCCCCUAAGUAUGUACCUCUGCCUGGAGAGAUGUCCCAGCCUUGGCUGCACAAUGUAUCAUGGGGCAAUGAGUCCUCUCUCUGGGAGUGCAGCCUCGGGGCCUGGAGUUGGAGCAUUUGCCCCCAUGAGUGGGUGGUGGUGGCUCUCUGCGCAAAUGGGACCUUCCGGGAGAUCAGGCAGGUGAAUGGCCACAGUCCCUGUGCGGGACUUCCCGAGAUCAGGAAUUCAAAUAGGGUGGACCGCCUCUGCGGCCUGCACGUGGAGGAGGCCGCGGUGCUCUGCCGAGAGCUGGAGUGUGGCCGUGUGCUCCAGGCUCCCCGUCAAGAUUCGGGUGUCAGUAAGCACAUGACCUGCCAGGGCACUGGGCCCACCAUCUGCAACAGCAAACUGCGCAGCGGCUGCAGCCUCCUGCCGGAUGCAGAGGUGGUCUGCUCAGGACACGUGCAGGCCUGGCUAGCGGGUGGCGAGCAUCCCUGUGCUGGACGACUGGAGGUUCUUCGGGGACUGACCUGGGGUACCAUCUGCCAUGCUGAUCUGGACUUGCCCACAGCCCACGUGGUGUGUCAGGAGCUAGGGUGUGGUAUGGCUGUGUCUACACUCAGGGGCGCUCAGUUUGGCCAGAGCUCAGGGCCUGUGUGGCUAGAAGCCUUCUGCUGUGUGGGCGAUGAAUCCCUGCUGUUCCACUGCCCUCGGGAGCCUGGUCACCACUGUGGCCACAACCAGGCCGCUGCAAUCACCUGCUCAGAGUUCCGGCUGGUCAAUGGCAGCAGUGACUGUGAAGGCCGCGUGGAACUCCAAGUGCAAGGGGCCUGGGCACCCCUCUGUGCUGCCAACUGGGACCUAGCAGAUGCAAUGGUUCUCUGUCACCAACUGAACUGUGGCAAUGUAUCCAUACCUCCGGGCGGACAUUUUGGAGGUGGGGAUGCCCCCAUCUGGCCAGAUGUAUUUCAUUGUGUGGGGACAGAGCCUCAUUUGUUGCACUGUGCAGCAAGCACUGGGGCCCACCCUUGUGACCUGGGAAAUUCAGCUUCAAGCGUCUGUUCAGGUCUUCAAAAUAUCGUGCGACUAAGAGACGGACAGAGCUAUUGCGAUGGCCGUUUGGAGGUUUCCCUUGUAUUGGAUGAUGCUUGGGACCUUCGUGGUGCCAGCGUGGUGUGCAGGCAGCUAGGGUGUGGAGAGGCACAGCGAGCCUAUGAUGCUCCAGCCCCUGCUCCUUGGGCAGCCCCUGUGGGGCUGAGCCGGGUACGCUGCCUGGGCUCUGAGACUUGCCUGCUGCAGAGCAACGUGUCCACGUCCCGGCUGGUGCCUGCUGGGACCUUGCGUGACGCAGGUGUGGUGUGCUCCGGGAGCCUGAGCGUGAGGCUGGCUGCGGGCCCAGGCCGAUGUGCCGGGCGUGUGGAGGUGUUCUAUCAGGGCUCUUGGGGCACUGUGUGUGAUGACGCGUGGGACCUUCGGGACGCACAAGUGGUCUGCAGGCCGCUGGACUGUGGCCAUGCCCUCAGUGCUCCAGGGGGUGCCCACUUUGGGGCUGGGACUGGACGCAUCUGGACCGAUGAGCUGGACUGCCUGGGAAAUGAAUCUUAGCUGCGGGAGUGCCAGCCAGGAAGCUGGGGCCAACACGACUGCAGGCACAAGGAGGAUGCAGGAGCGUUCUGCUCAGAGUCUGUGGCUCUGAGGCUGCGAGGUGGCGCCAGUGGCUGUGCUGGAUGGCUGGACGUGCUCUCCAGUGGGUCAUGGGGUGCUGCGUGCAGCGAUGCGCUCAGGGACAUCUCCGUGAACAUCAUCUGCAGACAGCUGGGGUGCGGGGAGCAGGGCUGGCUGGAGAGCAGGCCAUCUCCUGCGCCCGGCUUGGGCAUCUCCUGGGUGGACAAUAUCAAGUGUCGAAAGCUACACACCACCACCCUUUGGCAGUGCCCUUCUGCCCCAUGGAAUGCACACUCCUGUACCCGGGAGGAGGAGGUCUGGAUUAACUAUGAAGGACCACCGCAGAGAGCCCCACAGGAUCCUCUACGGACCUCUAACUGUUCUCCACCCAUGGGCAACACAGUGACCUCUGCACCCUUUCCAGAGGACAGCGUGCUACGUGUGGUUGGGGGUGAGGAUGGCUGUUCCGGGCGUGUGGAGCUCUGGCGUGCAGGCUCGUGGGGUACAGUGUGUGACGACUCCUGGGAUCUGGAGGACGCCGAUGUUGUUUGCCGGCAGCUGGGCUGUGGCUGUGGCCAGGCCUUGGCUGCUCUGGGAGGGGCUGCCUUUGGCCCUGGUUUGGGGCCCGUGUGGCUGGAUGAGGUGGAGUGCCUUGGCAGUGAAGUGACCCUGGAGGCCUGCCAGUCUGAGCUGUGGGCACAUGGAGACUGCACACACAAAGAAGAUGCCGGCGUCCAUUGUGCGGGUGAGACUCCAAGCCUUGCCCUGUCUCCUUACCUGCCCACUCCACCCAUUGCUGAGGUCUGGAACCUAACUGAGAUUGCCUGCUUGGUGCUUGGCUGCCUCUUGGGCACUGUCUUCCUGGUUAUGGCUGCUCGGUGGUGCCACAUCAGAGAUUCUUGCAAGGGUUCUAGAAUGUUGGAUCAUCUACAGUCAGACGGUGUCUAUGAGGACAUUGAAGUUGUUCCUGUGCAGCAAGGAGAGGAGCAGACCACAGCAUCCAGGCUACUGAUGCAGGAAGAGGAUUAUGAAGAUGCUGAAGAGCCUGAUGGGCCUAGUGAACCUUGGCAGAUACAGCCAUACAGGUCUUUCUGUGAGGAGACGCCUUGCUCUCCACGCACCUGGGACUGCUUUGGGCACGAGCUACAGGAAGCCCCACAGUGCUGGCACUCUCUGGGCUCUGGCACUGGUGGGAGACCUGGCAUGGCACUCUCCUCUCUCAGGCUGUGGCCCCUGCUGCUGCUGCUGGUUUACUGGACUCUCCCUCCUGCUUUGGCCGCUGAGGACUUCGUGAAUUUCCUGGGUGGCGAUAAUAAAUGUGAAGGCCAGAUACAGUUGCAGUAUGACGGGCAGUUGGGCCUUGUGUGUGGAGACAGCUUAGGCAUGCAGGAGGCCUUGGUGAUCUGCAGACAGCUGGGUUGUGGCUCUGUGCAUUCCCUUUCCCAGUAUAUUCUGACACCCGAAGAGAUGACGCAACCUUGGCUAUACAGUGCCCAGUGCCAUGGCGAGGAGGCCACCCUCUGGGAGUGUGUCCUAGGGCCUUGGGGGCCCAUCAGCGGCUGCAAAUGCCAGUGUGUGGCUGUGAUUAUCUGCUCAGGUGGUACCACACGACAAAUUGGGCUAGCUGGUGGCGGCAGUCCUUGUGCUGGGAUUCCAGAGGCCACUGGCCUUUCCAGUUUUGCCCUGAGAUGUGACUUGCAUGAGAAGGAGGCUGGCGUUCUGUGCAGAGAGCUGGAAUGUGGCACUGCUUUGCAAUGGUCCAGAGCCCACCCUGGAAUGAACGGGCAUCAGGAAGAGAAGUACAUUAAAUGCCAGGGAACAGAGCCUGACAUUUUUCAUUGCCAGAUCAAUGUGAACUACCUAGAGCAAUGCGACCUUCUGACCUAUACCCAGGUGAUAUGCACAGGAUACAUGGAGGUCUGGCUCGUGGAUGGUGAACCCUGUGAGGGUUUCCAGGAGGCUCUGUGAGGGCUGACCGAGGACACCAUCUGCAGGCUGACCUGGCCUUGCUCACUUGCUCACGUUUGCACAGUUUGCCAGGAGCUGGUGUAUGGUGCGGCUGCAUCCACAUCUGGGGGUUCCCACUUUGUCUAGGGUUCCGUGCCUGUGUAGAAGCGGGCCUUCCACUGUGGCAAUGAAUCACUGAUGCUCCAUUGUUCAUUAGAUCCUGGACACUUCUGUGGCCAUGACCAAGAUGUGUCACUAACUUUUCCAGGGGAAAGGGGUGUAGCACCAGAAGUCAGGCUGGGCAGUGGUGGCAGUCUCUGUGCUGGGACUCCCGAGUUGCUGAGUAAAAACGUCCUGCUCCAGACGUGUGACUUGAUGAAGGAAGAAGCUGGUGUCCUGUGCAGGCAGCUGGAGUGUGGCACCGCUCUGCAGUGGUCCAGAGCCUACCACGAAGUGGACAUUGGGAAUCAGGAAAAGAAAUUUAUUGCAUGCCGGGGAGUGGAGGCUGACAUUUUUCACUGCAAGAUUAAUACGAACUUCCUAGAGCAGUGUGACCCUCUAGCCUACACCCAGGUCGUAUGCACAGAAGGAUUGGUUGGGGAGGGUUCCCUGAAUCUCAUAGAUGGUACAAACCUGUGCGAUGGUCGUCUGCAAACAGAGCACAGCGAGGAGCAAGGCCUUGUGUGUGGUGACCACUGGGGCACGCAGGAAGCUUCGGUGAUCUGCAGACAGCUUGGCUGUAGCCAGGCAUGUUCAAUCUUCCAAUACGUCUUGAGGCCUGAGGAGAUGACGGCACCCUGGCUGCAUGGUACCAAGUGCAGUGGUGAGGAGGCCACCCUCUGGGAGUGUCAUGUGGAGGCCCGGCUGCUAGGUGGCACACACCCCUGUGAAGGACGCCUGGAGGUUCUUCGAGGACUCACCUGGGGCACCAUCUGCCACGAUGACCUGGACCUGUCCAUGGCCCACGUGGUUUGUCGGGAGCUGGGGUGUGGUACUGCUGUAUCCAUACAUGGGAGUUCCCACUUUGGCCAUGGAUCAGGGCUGGUGUGGACAGAGGCCUUUAACUGUGUGGGCAAUGAAUCACUUCUGUUCCAUUGUCUGAGGGUGCCUGGACAUCAGUGUGGCCAUGAUCAAGAUGCUGCACUCACCUGCUCAGGGGAAAGUGAGUAGAGUCCCAGUCUAGAAGGGUCUCUGAUUUGCGGAGGUGGCACUGAUUCCAACUCUCCCUUAGAAUUCCGAUUGGUCAACGGCAGCAGCAGCUGUGAGGGCCGUGUGGAGCUUUGGGUAAAGGAGGCAUGGCAGCCCCUUUGUGCUGCUCACUGGGACUUAGCAGAUGCCACGGUGCUCUGCCACCAGCUCAACUGUGGCUACACGGUGGCCACACCCCCAGGAGGUCACUUUGGAAAUGUAGAAGCUCCCAUCUGGACAGAUGUGUUUCACUGUGUGGGGACAGAGCCCCACUUGCUGAGCUGCCCAGCAAGCACCUUAGGGGCCCAGCCGUGCACCCCAGGAAAUUCAGCCUCGGUUGUCUGCUCAGGUCCCCAAGAUGCCCUGCGGCUGAGGGAUGGGCAGAGCCACUGCGAUGGCCGAGUGGAGGUCUUCCUGAAUGGCAUGUGGGGGCGAGUGUUGGACAAUGCCUGGGACCUGCACGACGCUGCUGUGGUGUGCAGGCAGCUCCGGUGCGGAGAGGCCCAGCGAGCCUACGACGCUCCAGCGCCGGGCCACAAGACCAUCCCUGUGGGGCUGAGCACGGUGCACUGCUUGGGUUCCGAGACCAACCUGACCCAGUGCAACGUGUCAGUGUCUGUGAUGGUGCAUGCGGGGACAUUGCGGGACGCAGGCGUGGUGUGCUCGGGGAGCUUGCGCGUGCGUUUGGCAGCGGGUAAGAGCCGCUGUGCUGGUCGCGUCGAAGUGUUCUAUCAGGGCACAUGGGGCACCGUAUGUGAUGAUGCCUGGGACCUUGGGGAUGCCCAUGUGGUCUGCAGGCAGCUGGGCUGUGGCCAGGCCCUCAGUGCCCCUGGGGGCGCCCACUUCGGAGCAGGAACUGGACGCAUCUGGAUGGAUGAAUUGGGCUGCCUGGGUGAGGAGGCUGCUCUAUGGGCGUGCCAGUCAGGAGGCUGGGGACAACACGACUGUGGGCACAAGGAGGACGCGGGCGUGAUCUGUUCAGAAUUCACCGAUGUGAGGUUGCAGGAACACAGCCAGCCAUGCGCAGGACGCCUGGAAGUUUUCUACAAUGGGACCUGGGGUGGUGUCUGCCAGUCCUUGAGUGCGGCCUCCUUGAGAGUUCUGUGUGGACAGCUGGGCUGUGGGUCCCAAGGGCAGCUGCUGGCCAGGCCAAGGAGCUCCUCCACGCUGGAUACUGUCUGGUUGAAGUCUGUUCAGUGCAGGGACAAGCAUGACAGGUCCCUGUGGCAAUGCCCCUCAGCACCCUGGAGCAGGCAUUCUUGCCUCAGUGGAGAGGAAGCUUGGCUGGUGUGUGCAGAAAAGUCAGAAGUGUCUCAGGACAUGGAGAAGAUUCCCAACUGCUCAUCAACUCUUAGCUGCCCAGAGGAAGGUGCACUUCAUGUGUUUGGGGGCGAGGAUGGCUGCUCUGGACGAGUGGAGCUCUGGCACGGAGGCUCAUGGGGCACAGUCUGCGAUGACUCCUGGGACUUGGCAGAUGCAGAAGUUGUGUGCCGGCAGCUAGGCUGUGGCCCAGCCAUAGCUGCCUUGCAGAAUGCUGCCUUUGGCGCUGGUUCAGGGCCUAUAUGGCUGGAUGAAGUGGGAUGCCGGGGCAGUGAGACAUCUCUGGGAGCCUGCCAGGCCGAACCAUGGGGACAUGGAGACUGUUCUCACAAGGAGGACGCUGGUGUGCGCUGCCUAGGUAUCCCUGGGACCACGGCAUCAGGCAGUGCUCUCGCUCCCCCACCUGUUCCUGAGGUUUGGACCCUGCCUGAGAUCGCCUGCCUGGUCCUUGGCUGCCUCCUCGGCAUAGUCUUUCUGCUCCUGGUUGUCCAGUGGUGUCACAGCAGAGCCAUCAGCGUGGGCUCCAGAGCAACGGGGCAGCUGCCCUCAGAGGCUGUCUAUGAAUAUAUUGAAACAGUUUCUAUGGAUGAAAGAGUGGAGGAGCCAGAAGCAUCCCAGAAUCCCAUGCAGGACGAGGAUUAUGAUGAUGCAGAAGAGCCCAAGGACAGCCCUGAGGAGGCCAGGCACUGUUGAGCCUGAUUGGUGUGUGCCUCUGUUCCCUGAGAUUGCUGUCGUUUCAAGGAUGGUCUUCAGAGCCUUCUGCUGAGUAGAUGUGUAGACUGGACAUGACUCUUCUGAAGGUCCUUUCUGAGUUGUGCACAAUGUCCUUUCAGCACCUGCUUCCUGAUGUCUGUUGGAGAG